AUCACCAUGUACAGCUUCAUGGGUGGCGGCCUCUUCUGUGCCUGGGUGGGGACCAUCCUCCUGGUGGUGUCCACGGCCACAGACCACUGGAUGCAGUACCGGCUGUCGGGCUCCUUCGCCCACCAGGGCCUGUGGCGGUACUGCCUGGGCAACAAGUGCUACCUGCAGACGGAGAGCAUCGCGUACUGGAAUGCCACCCGCGCCUUCAUGAUUCUGGCCUCCCUGUGUGCCACCUCAGGCAUCAUCAUGGGCAUCCUGGCCUUUGCGCAGCAGCCCACCUUCACCCGCCUCUCUCGGCCCUUCUCUGCCGGCAUCAUGUUCUUCGCUUCCACCUUUUUCGUGUUGCUGGCCUUGGCGAUCUACACUGGGGUCACGGUCAGCUUCCUGGGCCGCCGCUUCGGGGACUGGCGCUUCUCCUGGUCUUACAUCCUGGGCUGGGUGGCUCUGCUCAUGACCUUCUUUGCAGGCAUUUUCUACAUGUGUGCCUACCGGAUGCAUGAGUGCCGGCGCCUGUCCACUCCCCGCUGAGCCCAGAGGUGUCCCCCAACUUCAUCAGGAAGUAGAGAAGAGGAAAAAGAACAACUGAAGUGGCAGGGGAGGGUCCCAAGGCCUGGAGUCCUGGUUCCUGGAGGCAUGAGGGGGCUCGGGCCUGGACCUCUGGGUGGCAUCUCCUGACACCAGGUU